UUUGCCUGUCAUUCAGUUUUCGAUAAACUCGCGUGAUAGGUGGUUGCUGUGUGUGUCGAGUGUCUGAUUUUUGAGAAAUAACUCGUAAACCAUAAAAAACAAUUUGUUAGGAAAAGUGUUAUUCGAUUUCAUGCGUUUUGUUCAAUAUCCUGCGUCCUGACACGCAUGUGAGAUCGCGUUUGUUUAGGUUUUAUCGAAAUUAUUUGACGUAGAUUGACAGAUCGGUUUCGCAAGUAGGUAGCUUUUACGGAGGUGUUUUAUUUGUGUACGUUGUGUGGCAAAAUAUUUAAUUGGAUUUGUAUUUUGGUGAAUUUCUAAGUGUCGUGCUACCCGAAGGGUAAGAUUCCCUGUUGGUGCGGUCGAUAACAGGUGUGUGCUGUGAAGUGGUGAAGCAGUCAACAAUUGCGAGGUGUGUGUAGUUCGGUGAAGCAUCGGGUGUUUUGAUUGUGGUAUAAACGCUGUGAGCCAUGCUGGCUAGUCGUGGACAUUGCAACGUUUUUAUGCGACCGGCGGAGAAGCGAGGCAGAUCGUCCAUCGACUCAUCAUAAUGGCUAGCUGCGAGCGGCCGAGGAGCUCCGCCGGCAGACAUGUUGCGACCGGAGUCGCCCCUCGCUGAUCACCGCAGCCUGCUGCCCCGGCGACUUCUCCCCGCCAAGGCACAGAUCGCCCCUGCGGACAAACGCAAGAACCGCCGCUCAUUGGAACUCAACCCCCCCACCACAGAUCAUGCCACCUACGACUACCCUAAACUCCUCAUCUCCAAAACAACAGAUUCCCUCAACACCGAGUGCCCGAGGAAACUCAUCCACAAACAGGAUUCCACUGAUAGUCUGAAAAGGGCUCUCCUGUCCAAAGAUGAGAAGAAGCCGGCCGAUAAGAAGGCCCAGCUCGCGAAACAGGACUCCAGUGAGAGCUUGAAGAAGACGUUACUAUGCCGACAGGAGUCCAACGAAAGCGCGAAGCGCAAGGACUCGGAGAAGAAGCCGGGGAAUCAGGAUGUGAAGAGGGUGUCGGAGGUUAAGAGGGGGAGCGAUAAGAAAGGGUUCCUUGAGACUGAUUCGGAGGAGCCUUGCAAGAGGAUUUAUGAGCGGAGGACGGGAUGUGCGAGGCCGACGUUGCCCCCCGUUGCGGAGAAGGGGCUGGCGUCCCCGAACUCCCCGAAUGGGAGCCCUGGGACGCCGAGCGUGGCAGCUGUCGCCGAAGGCCUGGUCCGGUGGGGCAGCGGCCUCCUCUCUCCCAGAGAAGAACCUAGAUUGAAGGCAGCCAGGAGUUGGUACGGCUAUGGAACCCUCCCGACAGACGGCGAUAAGAUGGGAGCAGGCGCGAACGGGCCAGGCGGCCGACGCGCCCUGGAGCUCAUCCUUAGCGGAGGCCUCAAAUCGCUUGCGAGGCCGGCCAAGCCGGUCCGCCGGGCCGCCUCGCGGGACUCGGUGCUGUCGCAGCCGCAGCCUCUGCUUGAAGGCCUGCGAAAGUGCUCAACAGUCCUCGCUCUGACUGACCGAGAGAAGGCCUCGGAGCCCAUAAGGGCCCACAACCGCCUGCGGGCGCCCUCCGUCUGCUCCCGGUGUUCCUCUCUGCUGUCCCUCGCCGGCGCCGGAGGCUCCAGGUACUCCCUGGACGGUGCCGGCGGCGGCUUCGUGCCGGCUGCUCCCAUCAACUGCAAGCUGUGCCUCGAAGACGCCACGGCUGACAAGGUCACCCUCAUCUCCGGGUGUGGAUGCUCCUUCUGCACUAAGUGUAUGAAAGCGUACGUGGAGUUCGAGGUCUGCAAUGGGGCUUACGAGGUGUCGUGCCCGGACGCGCGCUGCCGCGUCGGAGCGGCGCUUGCGCUGGACGAGAUCGGCUUCCUGGUGGAGCCCGCCGUCAUGGAGAAACACCUCAAGUUCCGCCUCAACCAUGAGGUGGCGAUGGACUCCGGGCGCGCGUUCUGCCCACGCGUGGGCUGCGACACGGUGGUGUCGGUCCGGGCGGCGAGCCCGGCCCACUGCCCCACCUGCCGGCACGACUUCUGCUCACAGUGCAACCAGGAGUGGCACGGUGGGCAGUCGUGCGAGGCGGCAGCUGCGUCAUCAUCAGCGGCCGGCGCCGGCGCACCUCUGCUGCCAGACUCGGAGCUCAUCAAGCUGUGCCCCAUGUGCCGUGUGCCCAUAGAGAAGGACGAGGGCUGUGCUCAAAUGAUGUGCAAGCGCUGCAAGCACGUCUUCUGCUGGUACUGCCUCGCAUCGCUUGACGAUGACUUCCUGCUGCGGCACUACGAUAAAGGGCCCUGCAAGAAUAAACUGGGACACUCACGCGCAUCAGUGCUGUGGCACCGCGCACAGGUGGUCGGCAUAUUCGCUGGCUUCGGACUCCUGCUGCUGGUGGCAAGUCCGCUUCUGCUGCUCGCUGCGCCGUGCAUCGUCUGCUGCAAAUGCAGACUCUGCAAUCCGAGCACAAAAAACUUGGAAGAAGUGGACGAGGUGGAAAGCAUCAGCCCGGACAGGGAAGACGAUGGCGAAGACAUAUCCAGGGCGAGGUAUUUGUCGGACUGACGCACGCCGCGCUACUAAACUGGUCGGGCACCAGUUGGAAAGAAAGAGAAAUAAGAAAAUGGUAGAUAAGAGUUUGGAAUAGGAAUGAGAAGUUUCAGGAAAGUUAUUGAUGGAAAUUGUGACGCUAUUUGGCAACUAAUGAGGAAGUGGCCGAAUACAGAAUGAUAAUGAAGGAACGUAGAUUGUGAAGGUUGUAAAAGAUUGGGAGUUUUUAAGAUGCUGGAACAUCUCACAGAAGUUUAUGAAAGCUGACGAUGAUUUUAGAAGUAGACUUUGCCGCUAGACUUGAUAGUCAUGAUGUAGAAGAAUAGAUGACUUCUAGAAUCGGACUGAAUAUGAGCAUGAUAAAAGUGUUGAAAACAAAAAUUAUGGACAUUGUUUGUGGAUAAAAUUGCUUUUGGAUUGAUAUGAAAUAGCACAAAUGGCGCCCGGCGUGCGAGCCAAAAUUGGAGCAAGCAUCUUCUAUUUCAACAAACUCCAAGAUGUGACAAAUACAAAACGGAAAAGAACAAAGUUUAAGUAUGGACGUCUCAUGUGAAUAUAUUGAUUGAAAAAAAUUUAAAUAACACGUGAAUUGCAGUAAUGCGACACAGACUCAGUGAAAAUAAUGUAUGUAAGAAGUAACUAAAUGUGAUUAUUCAUUGAAUUUGUAGAUAAGUCAAUAAAAGCCGUCGGCGAAUUACAUUUGUUUUACAAAUUGUUUAGAAGGUAUGUGAUGUUUAAUUUAAUCAAGGUUGUACAGACAUAGUCCAAAUUGUUUUUAAUGAUCUAUGCAUUUCUGUAAUUUUAUCUAUAGUUUUUUGAGAUGUGACAAAAAAUAAAGAAGUAAAAGUAAAAAAAAACUGACGUGUUACGUGUAUGACAAAAUUAUUACAAGCAUAACAUAAGAAAGCACGUUUGGGGAUGAGUCAAAUAUUUUGUUAUUCAGAAUUUUGUUAAUAUGUAUAUUUAUGAAUGACAGAAAAUGUAAAAAACCUGUGUCACCUCCAAUGAAUGUUACAAAAAUUGUAGAUUACCUAUAUCUUUGUAACUGAUAAGUGAACACAAACUGUAGACGAGUUAACUAUUUGUGAUUGUUAAAUUAAGUUGAUUGUAAUUAAUAAUUGUUUAGGGACAUAGAACUGAAAAUAUACGAGUAAGAGACUGACGGAUGUUAAUGUGUGGGUGCCAAUUGUCAUGUUAGUUCGAAAUAGAACCUUAACAACGAAAUGACAUGAAGUAGAGAAAAUUCUGAUCACUGCUUAAAUUAAAACUAACGCUGUAAACGAAGUCGCUUUUAAUUAAAUAAACUAGAAUAUAAUUAAGUAACUCCUCACUAGAAAGUUGUUCAAUUUUCUGAUCAGUAAAUUACAUAUCAAAUGUGACUGCUCUGAUUUGUUCAAUUCAAUGAACAAUUGAUAUGAAGAUUUGACAGUUUCACUGAUCAGAGAAUUGAACGAGUUUUUAGAAAUGAGGGAAAGUCAUGAAGAUAAAUAACUGAAUGGAUAUUAUUAUGUAUGUAUAUUUUUAUAACUAAAAAAUGUGCGCAAAGCGUACCUACUUAUAAUAAAUAUGUCGAGUGUUACAUUUCAACCAGGUUUAUGGUAAAACGAAAAUCAAGGGCAAAUUGACGUCUUAUUGCAUUCGAAUAAGGAUGAUAAUUUGACGAGAAUAAAUCUUGCUCUUGACUGUUCGUAAUUAGGGUUGUUUACAUUGAUUUAAAUGUGGGAAUAUUGUAAUGUGUCUAAAAUUGGUGUAACUGAUCCUAAUUGUAGUCGAUGUUGUAAAGCGAUGUGUUACUGCAAUGCAGACUUACAAUGCAUAUUAUGUAUAUUUAUGACGUUUAUUUUACAAUCACCUGUGAUGGCUGGUAAUCAGGAUUAAAAUAAAGAUGUAUAAAUUAUUACACAGUGAGAAAGACAACGACAUUUAGAGAGAUAGCAACUUGACCUAUCGACAAGAAGGUCUUUCUUUAUUGCAGCGAUUAAGUUUAAACACAUUUUUUAUCGCUGUUGUUUGAAUAAAAACACAUUUAUUUACGGCCAGUAUCAAGAUCUGGAAAAAAGUUUUUAAAACUUUUUGUAAUCACAAAAUCAAAUCCAGUCUUUCUAAAUGUCGUUGUGUAACAACCUUUCUGGGUAUUUUAAAAUAAAAAAUAAUAUGCACAGCUUCCGGAGUGUCUGUACACAGAGCCUUAUCUCGUAAUUUAUUCGUAGUGUUAAAUAUUUAUGACGUAAUGUAAAUAAGAAAUAAUAUUGUACUUAACGUAGAGAUCGGGUGGUGUUUCUUAUUUUAACCUUCAAAAGUCCCUCCCUGUUUUAGUAAAACUGCUGGAAAGACAAAUAAUGACUAUAUCAGUGACUUAACUAUAGGACAUUUUAAACUUCUUCAAAUACUUAUGAUGUGGUUGUUAAUAGGAAUCCUGUAAGUCUCCUCUUGCUCACUCGUUAUACUGUGAGAGUGAGAGGUGUCUAUUGGGGUCACUAUUUUCAACCGCAUUCUUUAGAAGAUUUCAAAUCUCAUACAUAUCAAAAACGUGGUCAACCGAACGAAAAAGUGGGAUUAAGACGUAUGAAAAUGUGUGUGGUACUCACGAAAUGGUUAGCGACAAAACUUAAAGUGUAUUCAAAUUAAGAUGGAUAGGAUACAUAAAUAUGACGCGGAGUUCAGCAUAAAAAACAUUUCCAUGCUGCGGCCGCCACACGUCCUGUGUGGACACAUCUUUGUAAUGUUUGACUACAUACUUUUCAAAUGUCCUUUUCAUGUCUACCCUUCUUGUGAUGGUUUAUAAUGAGCUCAUUUUAAACUCCUGAACACACCACCAGCUCUCUGUAGCUUGUUGUAGCAAGCUAGUUGAAGCAUUUGUAGACUUAAAUUGUCAGUAGGUGGUUUAGAUAAAUAAGUGAUCUAUUAUUAGUUUCUCUGUAAGCUGAAUGUGGAAUCUUUGACUUCAUAAUUAUGUUUUGUAGUGCUCCUGCCACACAUGCGAAUAAAUUUGCGAUUAAUCUUUAAACAGAUGGGUCUGGUACUCUGAUUGCAUAUUAUAGAUAGGCCUACAUGCCGCGGCAGCCUAGCAUAUUGGUUAUCUAUGUAUCCAGUAUGUGUGGCAGAAGUAUACACAUUUGGUGUUAUGUACAAGUGAUAUUACAGAAUUGUCCGAUUGUCAACAUAGCCAAAAGACUAUAUAGGAUGCAAGUGGCAGGUUGGCAAACUACUGAACAGUGAAUCUCACUACAGAAAUAUUUUCUAGAAAAAUUGUGAAAAAACAAUGUGUUAAUCACUGGUUCAUGGAAAAUAUUAAUAAUCACUGUUUAAGUAAGGUUUUGCUAACCCGGCGCUUCCUUCCUGUAGAUGUGAUAGUUAAUUUUAAAUAUUGUGUAGUUGUUUUUGGAUACUUAAAUCUAUUUGUAAUUCCAUCAAGUACUUAGAAACAUUACAUGGUUCUUACCUGUAAUAUGACAUUCUGUACUUCACUUCUAGCAUUUAACAUUAGAU